GAGAGAUGUGAACUGAAAGUGACGUGAUUAAAAUGGCGCAGGACUUAGACAUGUUGGAGGCAGUUGUCUGGGAAUGGUUUACAGAUCACGGGCGAUGGAGGCCUUAUCAAGCUCAUAUCGUACGGGGAAUCGAAGAGAAUUACGGCAAGACGGUCAUGCUACGUUUGGGCGACAUCGAGCCGUCGAUGGGGAUGUACGAGAUAGAUUUUUCGACCCAACAGCAAAUACGAAAUAACACAGGAAUGGUUCGGUCAAUCCGAAGACGCACCUUUUCUUCUACCUCGGCACCGGCCCAAGACAUUGAGUGGCAGUGGCAGGACGACCACGGCUGGUGCCCUUAUGAUGUCGACACCUCAGUAGUCAUUGAAGAGGCCUAUAAGCACCCGUACGGAAGUAUUGACUUGUCGGUGUCAGCGAGCUGCCUGCCUUAUGAACUCGACCUAGUUGCAAUGACACAGAAGCGAUUGGGGACUGGCUUUCUCAGAAGUAUACGACGGGUUGUUUUACCGGCUCCUGGAUAUCCCAAAUUUGCAUCAGCGCCUAUUGGAAAGAGCGCUAGUAUGAACUCUUUGUCAGUGGAGAUGGAGUCGCCGGAUGGUGGGUCGCCAAGCUUGAGUAGACCCACGAGUCUACAGCCCGCGUCCCAGUCAUCGACGGCACCGCCAGUGGAUGAUUCAAAUUCCUCGCAGGGUUCAGACUGUUCAGCGACAGCUUCAUCGUCGAUGGGGCGGUCGUCGAAGAAAAAUGCGGGGAAACGCACAACGUCACGGAAGUCAGUGGCUGCGACAAGUGGAGUGCGGGCCACGGUGGCGUGGUCCUCCCCGCCGGACCCAAAUGCGGCGGGAACAAGCACGGGGAGCAGCAAUACUGGGUUGAGAUCGCUACCACGCUCUGUGAGUGUGCCGACUACCAUGGCCGGAGUGAGUAACACAGCCAUUCAGAGGCCGAGUAUUACAAGUGGUGCUGUGAUGAGUUCUAGCUCAACCACAUCAUGUCUUGCUGCUGCGGCUGCAGCGAGCAGAAUGACCAGAUCGCAAUCAACGCCUAAUUCCAUAACAGCUCGACCUGCCCAUGCAGCUGGGGCUAGGCUCAGCCCUGUUAUGACUGCCAUCACCGGCCUGUUGCUCUCCACAGCCGUUCCAGUCAUGAUCCACCCGACGCCCAUCCCGAUCUUCUCGCCCCCGCCGACGUCCAGGGGCAGCAUCCGACCUGUCGAGGGAAUCAAACCCAACAAGAAGAAGCGAAAAACUACGCUCGUCAGAGUUGACUCUGCCGAUGAUGUCAUGAAGAAUUACGUGACAAAAGUCAAGAAGAGUCCGGAUGAGGAAUGUCCGAUAUGCUAUGAGAAGCUGACAGAGGGGUCACACUACACGGAUAACUCAGACGACAUGGUCUUAAAACUCAACAAAUGCGGUCAUCUGUUCCACAGGGGAUGUCUUCAUGCAAUGUACGGCAGCGGCCCAAAAGAUGGGAGUAUUCAAUGUCCGACGUGUAAGACCAUCUAUGGCGUGAAGCAUGGCAACCAACCUCCUGGUCGUAUGGAUUACCACAUCAUCCCACACUCUCUGCAAGGCUUUCCUGAAUGCUGCGCCAUCAGAAUCAUCUAUGAUAUACCACCGGGUACACAGGGAGCGGACCAUCCUAAUCCUGGCAAGCGUUACUCUGCUCGUGGAUUCCCUCGUCAUUGCUACUUACCUGACAACGAGAUAGGAAGAAAGAUCCUUCGGCUUCUCAUAGUAGCCUGGGAGAGGCGUCUACUCUUUACCAUCGCAACGUCGGCUACGACGGGAGAAUCCAGUACAGUCGUCUGGAACGAAAUUCACCACAAGACCGAGUUUGGCUCCAAUGUGACGGGACAUGGGUUCCCGGACCCUAACUACUUUGACAAUGUUCUAUCAGAGCUCGCUGCGCAGGGUGUGACGGAAGACUGCAUAAAGGAAUGAUGUUUAAAACUGUUAAAGACAAUUCGUUUCUGUAUUUGAUCAUCACAAAACGCCCAGACGUUGCUAGUACUAUUAUUGCUAAUUUCUUUUAUCAAAUUUUGUCAGUAAAAAAUGUCGGCAGAAAUAACAUGAAACAGAAAAUUUAGUUUUUUUUGUUCAGAAACUGAGAUCCUAUGUUAAUAUGCUACAUUGGACAAUUUCAUACCUGGAUAUGACCGUUACAUGUACUUUGAUCUCUUAAAGGCAGUGGACACUAUUGGUAAUUACUCAAAAUUAUUAUUAGCAUGAAACC